GGGGGGGGGGCGACGCACGAAGUAUAAAACGUCACUUAUAAGUGGAAGUUCGAUUCUAGUAAUCAAAUGGAUCAACAACCCAAGAACAUAUGCCAGGAGUCCCCACCCGAUUACGCAUAUGUUGUCGCUUCUUCGUCGGCGAGCACAUUCUCACAGCCUCUGCCUCCUCCAUAUCACAACUGGCAAGAGUCUUCUGAAGAAGAUAGCUUGCCUCCUCCACCAGCAGCGGGCUUCCUUUACUCGUCUACUGGCAAUGCCUCCUCCCAUGACGCUUUGCGUGCGCACGAGUUUUGUGAUGCACACCCACUACGCCCCCCAGCGGAGCCAUCUGUUGCCGCUUACAGAUCUGUGGAGCAUUAUGAUUUUACCCCAGUACGGCCGUUGGAGUUUCAUGGCAAUGUGCAGGUUGCUCGUCAGGGUCGUUGGACGGGCUCCACGGGCCACGGAAACAGUGACUCUAUACUGACAACCAACUUACCUCUUUACUUCUCUUUGAUCGACUCCCCUCUUCGCACAAAUAUGGCCAAGUUAAUCUACUUCGAAGUCAAAUUACUAGGCCUGGGCGAAAGGUCCAGCAGCAGGUUUGCCGAAUCUAGCGGGUUCGCCAUUGGAUAUGUGGCAAAGCCAUACCCAUCAUGGAGGUCUCCCGGCUGGGAGCGAGGGAGUCUCGGCGUCUUCUCUGAUGAUGGCUGUCGCUUCGUGAAUGACUCCUGGGGCGGGAAGCCUUUUACAAGUAAAUUCCGCGAAGGAGAAACAGUUGGCCUAGGAAUGGUGUUUCGACAGUCAUGCGAUAAAACCAGAGUUGAUGUAACCGUUUGCUUUACCCGUGAUGGACAACAGGUGGGGGCUUGGGAUCUUGCCGAGGAAAGAGAUGAGGACUCCGGCGGAAUACAGGGGUUAGAAGGAGAUUUUGACCUGUAUGGGGCUAUAGGGCUUUUUGGAGUGGUGGAGUUUGUUGUGGAAUUUAAUCCCACAGCUUGGUUAUGGACUCCAUCAUGUGUUGUUUGAUUUGCACAUACUUUAGUUAGCCUCAGUUAGCCUCGAUACUGACGUAUGUACAUUGCAAUCUGUCUGUUUGCACCACGACUCUGGCUCAACUGGACCUCGGAGUCGGAGUAAAGCUUUGGGGUACACCUUGGUAAUAAACUCUUAUGCUCGUGUGGGAAAGAUUCGAAAAAUCCUGCAGUAUAGGCAGGAACAGAUGCAUCUGCCGCAUUGCUGCACACU